AUCGUGGUUUCGUAAAGUUAUACCCUCGUAAUAUGAAUGUAAACAUAACAGACAUGAACGCUUCGGGCUCACUACUUGUUCACAACCGAAACUGAAAACACAAGGAUGGAAAAUCGAGAGAAAAAAGACACAGAGGACAAAAGUGAAACCGUUGAAAUUGAUAUCGAAACCAUUGAUACUUCUGAUGACAGUAAAUGUGAUCCACACACCGAAUCAUCAAAAUGUGCAGAAGAUGAAGCUCAGUGUUAUUGCAAUGAAGAGAAAGAUGGACUGAUAUUAAAAUGUGAACAGUGCAAAAGAGUUUAUCACAUAAGUUGUUUGAAAUCUGGUCCUCCAAGCUCACUAGAAGGUGAUGACUUUUUUAAGUUAUUAUGUGAACAUUGCAGUCCUGACAAAACUGAAGAAACAACCAGAACUAAAUUGACAUGGCAGCAGGUUGUUAUAUUGACUUUAUACAAUCUUGGUUUGAGGAGUAGUGGAAGGAUGGGAUACUUUCGGUGGAAAGAGGAUAUUUGUUCUUUUAUUGAUAAAAACUGGCAUACAUUUUUUGGUGCUAGAGUGAGAACAUCUACUUUUCAUGGAACAGUAGCGGGAGUCUUAUCAACUGGUAACAAAGUACAUUUCAAAUCUGGCGCUCAUGAAUUUGGAGAAGCUGGAUGGUGGGCCUUGGUAGAAAACAGACCUCCUCUCAAACCUGAUACUAACGCACCAACAGGUCACAAAAUGUCUGCUUUAAAAAGACAAAGAAUUCCAUUUGAACCAACAAUAAAAGUAGAAGGCUUGCGGACAAGAAAAAGAGCAACAUCAGUUGAAUCAGCAAUUGAGUUGAAAGAAAAAAGAUCAAGAACACAGGAAGCCAAGGACAUCAGGAAAGCCAAACAAGUGGAACCAAAGAGACAGGAAGAUUCCAAAGAAUGUGUCGAGAAUUUACAACAACGAUCAGGGGCAUCUACUCCAACAGUUCCUGAUUCUCCAUCUGUGCUUAGUUUACUUGGAGCUGAGGACAGUUCAGAUUCUAUAGUAUCCAGUAUGCUAUCAGAGAGUGACCUCACACCAGAAGCAACAUUACCAGCCAUUCUGAUGACAGGAGAUGUUGAACCAGAUGAUGAUGACCUUGAUCUUGAUCUAGGAACAGGCUUAGUGACAUCGUCAAUUGCUGGGGUAACCACCACUAUGUCCUCCACUCUGCAAGAUCUGCAAAAAAGAGUUGACGAUGCGAAGGCUGCUGCUACCAUGAAGUCAGCCGAGAGAGAAGAUAUCGUUAAAAAUGAGGAAGAUGAAGAUGAUGAAAGUUCUGGUGAGGAAACAAUUUCUGAAAAAAUAGUAGAGAAGAAAAAAGAGCCAAGUAGACCAAGAAGAGUAAAACAUUCUGAAUUGCCAAGUAAAGAAGAAGUCCCAAGGAUUUUACCAAUGAGUCUGUACGAGGAAAAGCAGUUGUUGAAGAAAUUAGAAUCUUGUUCAGAUGCGGUUGCAAAAAAUCCUCAAGUGAGAACACUUAGAAGAAAACUACUCAUUAGACAGGAGAAACGUGCAAGGGGUUUACCAAUAUUUGAUUUGGAUGAUUUUAUGAUGAAGAGUAUGCAGAAAGUCUGUAAUGUGUCCACAGCUAAUAGAUCGUACAAUAUCACGUCUUUGUUGUCGUCAUACAAUAUCACGUCUUUGAAUCCAUACAAUAUCUCAAUGAGACAUGCCGGGGACUUCAGGGUCCUAGACAGAUUUCAGGUUUCACAGCACACAGUGAAAGCGCAUCAAGUACAUUAUUCAUCUUUCAGGGCCAGGCUCAUAGGAAGCGAAGUGGAGUCUAAUUUGCAAAGUAUAUGUAGUCCAUAUACAGCCAGAGUAUUAAAACCGUUUAUAAGAAGAGAUUUUGAGUCCAGACCAUUGAAAAUGGUGUUAAUGCAGGAAAUCUGGAACUACAGAACCAGGAUUGAACCUGGAUAUGAUCUACCGUCACCGGCACCCAUCGACUAUUGUUACGUUAGACCACAUCAUGUACCAUCAGUUAAUGUAAUGUGCAGGGAAUUCUUCUGGCCCGGUAUUGACUUAUCGGAAACCCUCCAGUAUCCAGAUUUCAGUGUGGUGGCCCUGUACCGUAAGGUUGUGAUAGGCUUUGGAUUCAUGGUGCCAGACGUUAAGUAUAAUGAGGCGUAUAUAUCAUUUUUGUUAGUGCACCCAGAGUGGAGGAAUGCUGGCAUUGGUACAUUUAUGGUGUAUCAUCUAAUACAGACGUGUAUGGGUAAAGACUUGACCUUGCAUGUAUCAGCUACCAACCCCGCCAUGCUGCUCUAUCAGAAAUUUGGAUUCAAACCAGAAGAAUUUAUUUUGGACUUUUAUGAUAAAUAUUAUGAAGAGGACAGCAAAGAGUGUAAACAUUCUUUCUUUUUGAGAUUACGAAGAUGAGUAUUAUGGGAUGGAUUACAGUGAACUGUUUGAAAUUGAGGAGUCAUCUGUUGCUAGGAGACCAGUUAUGUCGGACACAGAGCAUUGUUUGCAAUUUAUGUGACAGACUGUCUGGAGAGUUUGGUUUGAUUAUUCAAAACAGAUUUUUAUUUAUGUGAAAAAAAAAUGAACUGAAAUACAAAUGUACUGUAAAGAGACAUAUAUCAGAAUCAGCUAUGC